UGCCCCGAGCUAAGAUGGCGGCGGCGCUGGCAGCCGCAGCCGGGCGCCUUCGGCGGGCCAUUCGAAGGUCGCCCCCGUGGCGGGGCCCCAGCCGCCGGGCGCUCUCAUCCGAGGCCCCUCCAGCCCCGGCCACGGCAGUGCGGGACGCCUUCCUGAGCUUCUUUCGGGACCGCCACGGCCACCACCUGGUGCCGUCCGCUUCGGUGCGGCCCCGCGGAGACCCCAGUCUGCUUUUCGUCAACGCGGGCAUGAACCAGUUCAAGCCAAUCUUCCUGGGCACUGUGGAUCCACGAAGCGAAAUGGCAGGCUUCCGACGUGUAGCCAACAGCCAGAAAUGUGUGAGGGCUGGAGGACGCCACAGCGACCUGGAGGAUGUGGGCCGAGACCUUUCCCAUCAUACCUUCUUUGAGAUGCUCGGCAAUUGGGCCUUUGGGGGUGAAUAUUUUAAGGAGGAGGCUUGCAGCAUGGCCUGGGAACUGCUGACUCAGGUCUAUGGGAUCCCUGAGGACAGGCUCUGGGUCUCCUACUUUGGUGGUGACCCCAAGGCAGGGCUGGGUCCAGACCUGGAGAGCAGGGACAUCUGGCUCAACUUAGGGGUGCCCGCCAGCCACGUGCUCUCAUUUGGACCGCAGGAAAACUUCUGGGAGAUGGGUGAUACUGGUCCUUGUGGGCCCUGUACCGAAAUCCACUAUGACCUGGCUGGUGGGGUGGGAGCCCCCCAGCUAGUGGAGCUUUGGAAUCUGGUCUUCAUGCAACACAACAGAGAAGCAGAUGGAAGCCUGCAGCCCCUGCCCCAGCGGCACGUGGACACAGGAAUGGGCCUGGAAAGGCUGGUGGCCGUGCUGCAAGGCAAACACUCCACCUAUGACACCGACCUCUUUUCCCCACUGCUCAACGCCAUACACCAGGGUUGCGGGGCACCCCCUUACUUGGGCCGGGUUGGGGCAGCAGAUGAGGGGCGCACAGACACUGCAUACCGCGUGGUGGCUGACCACAUCCGCACACUCAGCAUCUGCAUCGCUGACGGCGUCUCCCCCGGCAUGUCUGGCGCCCCGCUGGUACUUCGCCGGAUCCUCCGUCGAGCCGUGCGGUUCUCUACAGAGGUGUUGCAGGCACCACCUGGCUUCCUGGGCAGCCUGGUGCCUGUAGUGGUGGAGACACUGGGAGAUGCUUAUCCGGAACUGCGGAAGAACUCAGCCCAGAUAGCCAACCUAGUGUCAGAGGAUGAGGCAGCCUUCCUGGCCUCCCUGCAGCGGGGUCGGCGGAUCAUCGAGCGGACCCUGAGGCGCCUGGGGCCUUCCGAUGUGUUCCCUGCCGAAGUGGCCUGGUCCUUGUCACUGUCUGGGAACCUGGGGCUCCCCUUGGACCUGGUAGAGCUGAUGCUGGAGGAGAAAGGGGUACAGCUGGACUCUGCCGGGCUGGCACGGCUGGCCAAGGAGGAGGCCCAGCGCCGGGCACAGCAGGCUGAGCCAGUUCACGAGCAGGGACUGCGGCUUGACGUCCAUGCGCUGGGGGAGCUGCAGCGCCGAGGGGUGCCCCCAACUGAUGACAGCCCCAAGUACAGCUACUCCCUGCGACCCAGCGGGGGUUAUGAGUUCAGUACCUGUGAGGCCCAAGUGCUCCAGCUGUAUACAGAGGAUGGAACGGCCGUGGCCUCUGUGGGGGAAGGCCAGCGCUGUGGCCUCCUCUUGGACAAAACCAACUUCUACGCUGAACAGGGAGGUCAGGCUUCUGACCGAGGCUACCUGGUGCGGGUGGAGCAGCCGGACGUGCUGUUCCCAGUGGCCCAGGCCCAGGUCUGCGGAGGCUUCAUCCUGCAUGAGGUAGUGGCCCCUGAGCGCCUGAAGGUCGGUGACCAGGUGCAGCUGCACGUGGAUGAGGCCUGGCGUCUGAGCUGCAUGGAGAAGCACACGGCUGUCCACAUGCUAAACUGGGCGCUUCGGCAGGCCCUGGGCCCCGGCACAGAGCAGCGUGGCUCCCAUCUCAAUCCCGAGCGGCUGCGCUUCGAUGUGGCCACGCAGGCCCCGCUGACCCCAGAGCAGCUCCAGGCAGUAGAGGGCACUGUGCAGGAGGCCGUGGGGCAGGAUGAGGCAGUGUACAUGGAGGAGGUGGCCCUGGCACGCACUGCCCACGUCCCUGGCCUGCGCUCUCUGGAUGAGGUAUACCCCGACCCUGUGCGAGUGGUGUCUGUAGGGGUGCCUGUGGCCCAUGCACUGGACCCAGCCUCCCAAGCCGCACUGCAGACCUCUGUGGAGCUGUGCUGUGGGACGCAUCUGCUACGCACCGGGGCUAUAGGGGACCUGGUCAUCAUUGGGGAGCGCCAGCUUACCAAGGGCACCACCCGUCUGGUGGCCGUCACUGGGGAGCAGGCCCAGCAGGCCCGAGAGGUGGGCCAGAGCCUGGCCCAGGAGGUAGAAGCAGCCACAGAGCGGCUAAGUCGGGGCAGCCGGGACGUGGUAGAGGCACAGCGGUUGUCCAAGGACAUGGGACGACUCACUGACGCCGUGGACACUGCCAUGAUGCCCCAGUGGCAGCGGCGGGAACUUCAGGCCACACUGAAGGCGCUACAGCGGCGUGCCAACACUGCCAUCCGAAAGCUGGAAAUGGGGCAGGCUGCACAGAAAACCCAGGAGCUGCUACAGCGGCACUCAGAGGGGCCCCUGAUUGUGGACACAGUUUCCGCCGAGUCCCUCUCCGUGCUGGUGAAGGUGGUGCGACAGCUGUGUAAGCAGGCGCCCAGCACAUCCGUGCUACUGCUCAGCCCCCAGCCUCUGGGGCAGGUGCUGUGUGCCUGUCAGGUGGCCCAGAAUGCCAUGCCGGCCUUCACAGCAGAUGCCUGGGCACUGGCUGUGUGCAGCCACAUGGGGGGCAAGGCCUGGGGCUCUCGAGUGGUGGCCCAGGGCACAGGAAGCACUGCUGACCUGGAAGCUGCCCUCAGUACAGCACGAGCCUAUGCCCUCAACCAGCUCUGAGCCAGGCUUACCCAGAGACUCACACAGACUAAAGAGACAACAGAUAUGCAAGUGUCUAGAGCCUUAAAGGAGCCAGCAGAACCUCCCUGGAGGCUGAGGCAGAGGACUAGAGACUGGAGGCCAAGCACCUGAGCCAAAGAGAGCCUCCCUGGGCCGAGCCCUGCACAGACACUAGAAGAUGUGGGCUGAGGAAAGCAGAAGCAGGUACAGAGACACACCCCCUCUAGAAGAAUGUGAAGACCUGGGCCAUCCUGGGCGUGAUUGUUUAUUAAAAAGUAUUUCACAGAGGAUAGGAAGCUCCGGAGCAGCCUUUCCCCUUCCAGCAACCUGCUGUGGGUGCCCCCAUCACCAGUCUGACCUCUCAUACUGAGCUGAAAAGCUCCCUGGCAUCCAGAUCAGAACUGUCAUCACCACAAGUGCUCAGACAGGCCCUCUUAGCCAGCCUGUUCUGGGCACCCACGAAGGCCUCCAUAACCACCAAGAUUCAGAACUGUCAUGUGAAAGUCAUGACAGCCAGGCAGAUCCUCUCUGGUGUCACUUAUUUCAUUAACAGUGACUUCUUGUUUUAA